UAUAAUCUUCAGAUUUUUGAUUAAUUGGAGUUUGAUUUGUGGAAAUUAUAUAACAUUGGCGAUGUAUGAUAAGAUGGUACACGUUUAUAUUCGAGCAACUAUGGUUGAUGAAUGAUAAGAUGGUAGCAUACGCAUGCAUGAUAAUUAGCGUUUUCAAAUGAGGUUUAGUUACUAGUUAUCUCUUACAUGAUGAUGGUUCUGAAUGUCUCUGGAGCAUUCAGCCAAGGUCUUCAUGAUGACCUUGCUCUUCAGACUGUGAUUGCUGAUUGUCUUUGUCGCUGCCUUGGAGUAGUUGUCGCUGAUAGAGUAGUUGGUCCCAGGACUAUAGAAUUCAGUUGUUCCAGGACUUUUUUGAAUUGUGGGAUACCUUCAACCAAAUCUAGGUUUGAUGUCACUUGUGGACAGGGAAAGAGAACCACGAGAAUUGGAAUAGGAUGUACAAGGUGUUUUAAUUGCUUGAACUAAAAUGUUACUCCAUACUGGUAUCAAGCUGUCAAUCUCAUAUUAGUUGUUUAUUCGUGAUGGCUUGGAGACCAUCUCUUUGUAACACUUGGAAAUUUACUUAUUUUCUUCCCGUCGGUCGAUUUGCUUAGAAAACAGGAUUCUUCUUCAUAGGUUGCAGUUUGUUAUAGUGUUAAAAGUUAUAAGGAGAUGGAACACGUUGAUGAUGAUUCACAUGGUGUUUGUGAAAGCCAGGGCACCCAAGAUGAUGAGGUAUCCCCGUCGCGAAGAAUUGAAGAAGUCCUCAGAAGCAAAACUGACUCUUCGUUAGAGUAAUUUAAAUCCCGAAAGGCCUGGUAUCUCGUCAUGAAGAAUUUCUUCUCCUAAUAUCCUUCCCUCACGAGCUUUUUAACACCCAAAUAUGCCAUAGAUUUCAGUUAUCAAUCGCCGCGCAAGACCAUUAGUAACAAUACACCCUUGCUGAUUUCGUUUAUAGCUCCAUUAUCAAGUUACUCGAUGCACCGAAGAUAUCUAUCAUCUACCAUCAUCGUUCCUUUUAAUUAUCUAAAGAAACUCCAAAUAAAUCCAACCCACCGUUUAGGUCCCUCAAGAACCCUAACAGUAGAGACAACCAAAGAGCCAGAUGCCAACGGUGAUCAUUUGUAUGCAGACAUACCGAAACCCGCUAAGAGCAAGUCAGAAAGAAAACCCUACCUAACGCCUAUGAAAAUUCUGGUUCGAAGAGCCAAGCAAGAGAGAGAGGCAAGAAAGGCACAACCUUGUAAAUUGUUAGAAGAACCUCCGGGAAACGGCUUACUUGUUCCUGAACUGGUUGGUGUAGCGCAUCAAGUUUAUCGAGCUAGAGAAUCAGUGUUGCUCGGUUUAUCAAAGCUUGUAAAGGCCAUUCCAGUUCUUCGAUGCAGGCAUUGCUUUGAGGUUCAUAUUGGUCCAGUAGGGCAUGAGAUCAGGACAUGUACCGGUCCAAAAAGCGGCCUUCGAAAUGCUACACAUGUGUGGCGAAGAGGAAGGGUACAUGACGUAAUUUAUUUUCCCAAAUGCUUCCAUCUUUAUGACCGUGUUGGAAAGCCAAGAAUCAUACAUAAUGAGAGCCGUGCAGUUAAACAACUUCCGGCCAUUGUAGAGCUCUGCAUACAGGCAGGAUUGAAUCUUGAAAACUACCCUACAAAGAGAAGAACACGACCCGUAUAUAGCAUAGAAGGUAGAAUAGUGGAUUUUGAGUUAGACCCGAUGAAAAAGAUAGAAACAAAUAAAUUGGUAGCUUCUGAGGAUACCAAAACUGAUUCUAGUUUAAAAAAGGGUUUGUGCCACCCUCCGGAGCGCCCCCAUUGCAUUGGUCCCACAGUCAUCAUGGGGGAGGUAGCCGAUGAUUCUAGUUUACAAAAUGGUAUGCACCACCCUCUAGAGCGCCCCCACUGCAGUAGUCCCAAGGUCAUCAUGGGAGAGGUAACUGAUUCUAGUUUACAAAAGGGUACAUGCCACCCUCUAGAGCGCCCCCACUGCAGUAGUCCCAAGGUCAUCAUGGGGGACGUAACUGAUUCUAGUUUACAAAAGGGUACGUGUGACUCUCAGGAGUGCCCCCACUGCACCAGUCCCAAAAUCAUCAUGGGGGAGGAGGGGGAGGUAACUGAUUCUAGUUUAGAUGUUUCUUUGACCACCGAGAUGCAACCGAAUCUCGAUUUAGCGAAUAGCAGUUCGACUCCAAGUGAACUAGCCACCAUGACCCUAGAUUCAUGGUUCGAGAUGAUAUCUGGGGCCAAGAAGAUGAUGGAGAGAUACAAAGUGCAUACUUGCGGAUAUUGUCCCGAGGUUCAGGUUGGUCCGAAGGGGCACAAAGUUCGGAUGUGUAAGGCGUCGAAACACCAGUCUCGUAACGGUAUGCAUGCAUGGCAAGAAGCGACGAUCUUUGAUCUGGUUGGACCCAACUACGUGUGGCAUGUUGCUGACCCGUCGGGCUCUCUGUUGUCUAAUGGUCUGAAGAGGUAUUACGGUAAGGCUCCUGCUGUUGUCGAGCUGUGUGUGCAAGCAGGUGCGCCGGUUCCAGCUGAAUAUAGGAGUAUGAUGAGGUUAGAUGUUGUUCCUCCAUGUCCUGAUGAACUUGAUCUUGUUACCUGAUGCCCAGAUUGACAUUUGAACGGUAAACAAGAUAGGAUUGAGUAGGACAAAAAUGCAGUCUUUUAGGUCGAACAAAAAUCAAGAAACUAUGCAAAGAUAGGUAUUAUUAAGCUAGCUAUGUCAAAUUAAAACCUUGGUACCUUUUACAAUUCUUUCAACUACUUGUCUCACUCUCAUCUGGUUCUGUGUGCACCAAACGCACCUUGGAUUCCCGCAUUAUGUAUAUUAGGGCCAAAACAGACACGGUAAAUGUCACAUGGAGAUGGAGGUAGGGUCAAUAAAGUAAGGGUUUGUUUGUUUA